CAACGGACCUCUUUUCUCUUGCUCUGAUACAUCGCAGAAUGGAGGCGGUGAAGAGUGAGCGGGAGAGAGGGAGCCGACGAAGGCACCGGGACGAGGACGUGGCGGCGGCGGCGGCGGCGGCGCUGGUGGUGAAGCAGGAGCGCCUCAGCCCGGAAGCCGCGCCUCCGGCCCACCGCCGUCCAGACUUCUCUGGCGGUAGCUCGUCCCCGCUGGCAGGCGAGCCGGGCCGCCCCGGCCACCGCGGAAACCGAGCCCGAGGAGUUAGCCGGUCCCCAGCCAAAAAGAAAAACAAGUCCUCAGGGAGAAGAAGCAAAUCUCCUCGGAGUAAGAGAAGCCGAAGUCCUCACCACUCAACAGUCAAAGUGAAGCAGGAACGUGAGGAUCAUCCCCGGAGAGGACGUGAGGAUCGGCAGUACCGGGAACCAUCAGAGCAGGAACACAGGAGAGCUAGGAACAGUGACCGGGACAGACACAGGGGCUAUUCCCACCAAAGAAGAAAAUCUAAUGAGAGGCCUGGCAGUGGGCAGGCUCUGGGACGGGAUCGAGACAUUCAGAAGCUACAGGCUCAAGAAGAAGAGCGGGAGUUUUAUAAUGCCAGACGCCGGGAGCAUCGCCAGAAGGACGAAGUUAGUGGCGGUGGUAAUGAGUCUCAGGAGUUGGUUCCUCGGCCCGGUGGCAACAACAAAGAAAAAGAGGUGCCCGCUAAAGAAAAACCAAGCUUUGAACUUUCUGGGGCACUUCUUGAGGACACCAACACCUUCCGAGGUGUAGUCAUUAAAUAUAGUGAGCCCCCAGAAGCACGUAUCCCCAAAAAGCGGUGGCGUCUCUACCCAUUUAAAAACGAUGAAGUGCUUCCAAUAAUGUACAUCCAUCGACAAAGUGCGUACCUCCUGGGUCGACACCGCCGCAUUGCAGACAUUCCAAUUGAUCAUCCGUCUUGUUCAAAGCAGCAUGCGGUCUUUCAAUAUCGGCUUGUGGAAUAUAAUCGUGCUGAUGGCACAGUUGGUCGAAAGGUGAAACCCUACAUCAUUGACCUUGGCUCAGGCAAUGGAACCUUCUUGAACAACAAACGUAUUGAGCCACAGAGAUACUAUGAACUUAAAGAAAAGGAUGUACUCAAAUUUGGGUUCAGUAGCAGAGAAUACGUCUUGCUCCAUGAGUCGUCAGACACUUCUGAAAUAGACAGGAAAGAAGAUGAGGAUGAUGAAGAGGAGGAGGAAGUGUCUGACAGCUAGCAAACUAAGAACCUAAAUUAUUGAGACACCUUUUCCUUCUUGGAAGGCUUUGACUCAGCACUGUGGGGCUCUCUGUAAUGCCUCUUAAUGCCUUAAGUCUUUCCUCUGUUGCUGAACAGCUUAUGUUACAAUUUAUGAACACUGACUUAUGUUUUGUUGAACUUUUUUCUGGGGCACAUCAGCCACAUGCCUGGGGACAUUUGUUUUCAGAACAGUCUCACCAAUUACAGCACAUCCGUGUUUUAAUAGAAGUGUUGUGGAUUUAGCUGGUGCUUUCAGAACUGCCUAGGAAACUGUAAACCCUUGGUUAAGAGGGAAUUAUGGCUUGUUCUCUUUGUA